CUCCAGGUGCGAGGUAGUACUAGUGCUAUUAACGUGAUUAUCAGGUUGAUUUGUAAAAUAAAGCCUGGUAGGCGGUCUAAAAAAACGGUAGUUUAGACUUCUUGUUAGCAAUAUGUCAGGACUGAGGUAAAACUACACUUUACAAUUAGGAUAAGGGAUGUGGUUAAACACGUAGACCCAAGAUAUGAACUAAAACAAAACUUUAAACAUGAUUUCCUGAUAUUUCGAUACCGGUAGUAUUUCAUAAUCACUUAUCAGACUUGUAAGAAAGUCCGUGUAGUCAGAUACAGUCGCUGCUUACUUCACUGAUAAGCGUACGCAUCAAACACAAUGAUCUAAAACCAUUUUCUCUUGCCGUUUCAGGGCAACGCGGACAUGACUAGGUUCUGCAUAACGAUGAGUAUUCCUCGCCCGGAUUCACUUGAAGGCUACACCACCUUGCGUUUCUGGAACUGCAUCAUGUGCUCUACUGCUUUCGUUGGUACUAAACCUGAAAUCAUUCAAAGGGUACAUCACCCGCAACUUUUUACCUACCAGCCCGAAUGGCUGUCUCACGCGGGCAUCUGUAACCGCUGUCAGAAGACCUUGACAAUGCAGGCACCGAAAAUCACCAUCUACGCAAUCAGCGAGACACCCCAGCAUAACCAUGGUGCCACGUCAUCAAUACCUGGAACAUCGGUACCCAGCGUUUCGGCCUCUGGACCUCCGAUGCCCGGCGUUUCAAUAGCAGGGGGUUCGGUCCCAGGACUUCCGAUACCCCAUGUACUCGGAACUUUUGUACCAGGGACAUAUAUGACUGGGACAUCCGUACCCAUAGUCAUGUGUAAUGCAUUACCAGGGCACUGUAAUUGUGCACACGGAGGACAUAAUCACGUACCGGGUGUUAGUCACCUCGCUUAUCAAGGGGUCAAUGUUCCUGUAGUGACCAAAACUGACGCCAACCCAGCACGCACCGAGGCCGGUUAUAUUGCAAACGUGACGCAAUAUAUUCCUAUGACGUGUACGCAAUGAUAGACAUCAUUAGAUUUCCCACUACGUGAAUUUGUUUCGCGUGAAGCAAAACGAAAAACAACAUUAGGUCGAGUUUAUAUUAUAGAUCACUUGCUUUUUAGAUGUUGUAAAAUUAUUUCCUAUACAUAUAAAUAAUAAAUAUAUAACACAUGUAUUGGUGUGAGCCUGUUGUUUUUAAAAAGUUUUCAUUGAAUACAAUGCAGAAUAGAAAUGCACGUUGACUUUAUUUGUCUAGGCUGCAAAUGAAGAACCAGGGCAAUUUGCCGAGAAAUCAACCAAACAAAAAGGUAAAUAUUCACUGAUACCACUCUAAUAUCCAUGACCUAAUAUCCACAAAUGUUCACUGAUAUCACUCUAAUAUCCAUGACCUAAUAUCCACAAAUGUUCACUGAUAUCACUCUAAUAUCCAUGAAUUUGUCUACCUCAUGACCAGGACUGCCGAGAGAUAUGCAGUGCCCAAGGCACUCGGGUCUCAACGACCCUGCCAAUGACGACUGUCUAGCUUAGUUGUCAGAGUACGUCAUCGCAAUCGUUCAAUUUUUCGCAACUGGUUUGGUCGAAAUUGUGUAUACAUGUUCUAGACGGCCCAAGUCAAAACCUGUGUCUUUCAACGUUUUCAUGGGACGAAUACCUCGCAGAAACAAAGGGUAUCGCAGCCCCUUGGACCUGCUUCAAACAGGUACAAUAUACUUUUUGCUGAUUUUUACUUUCCUUCGCCGGGCACGUUGUAAGAUCUACACUUUCAAUAGACAUGUCUCGAAUUUGCUUGAGUACACACGAGACAAUAAUAAUAAUAAUAAUAAUAAUAAUAACGAAUUUAUUAAGGCAUAUCUACAUAGUAGCUCUACAUCCUUAAUUCCUAUGCUAAUAUAUAAAAUAUACAAAUGUAUAUACAGAAUAAGUUUAUAAAUGUAUAACAUAGAUGUAUGGUAUAAAAAUACGAAUAUAAAGUUAUUGUUCAAAACGUUCGUGCAUGGGCCUUAUUAAAAAGGAGAGUCUUCAUCGAAUGACUUCAUCGAAUGACUUCAUUUAAUGACUUCGAUCUGAACCUGUCUAAUAAUGUAAUAUUUUAAUGAUGACCCUAUCCAGGCGGCGACUCCACCAUUCAAUGGUUUUCAAUGCGGUAUGAAGCUGGAAGCAGCCGACCCUAGAAACGAAGGAGCGGUGUGUGUAGCUACUGUGGUAGGAGUUAUCGGUUCCCGUCUUCGUCUCAGGUUUGAUGGUUGUGAUAAUUUGCAUGACAUCUGGAGGGUGAUUGAUUCUGGAGAUAUUCAUCCUGUUGGCUGGUGUGAAGGCAAUGGUGGUGUACUCAAACCUCCUGUAGGUAAGAUAGUAUAUGCUACUCAAUGCUACUCUUACUAACUCUAAUUAUCAUUUAAACCUGAAAGUGUUUAAUGUUCCUCAGAUCCUGAAUUUGCCUUUUUCAAAUGUUCUUCAAAAGUGUGUAUAUCAUCAAAUAUAUUAUCACGACCAAUAUCACAGAAUUAUCACCAAUAUGACCACCAUCAUAAUUAUCAUCACCAAUAUUACCAUCAUCACGGAUAUCAUCACCAACAUGACCACCACCACCAUCAUAAUUAUCACCAAUAUUACCAUCAUCACGGAUAUCAUCACCAACAUGACCACCACCGCCAUCAUAAUAAUUAUCAUCACCAGUAUUACCAUCAUCACGGAUAUCAUCACCAACAUGACCACCACCACCAUCAAUAAUUAUCAUCACCAAUAUUACCAUCAUCACGGAUAUCAUUACCAACAUGACCACCACCACCAUCAUCAUAAUUAUCAUGACCAAUAUUACCAUCAUCACGGAUAUCAUCACCAACAUGACCACCACCACCAUCAUAAUAAUUAUCAUCACCAAUAUUACCAUCAUCACGGAUAUCAUUACCAACAUGACCACCACCACCAUCAUAAUAAUUAUCAUCACCAAUAUUAUCAUCACGGAUAUCACCAACAUGACCACCACCACCAUCACUACCAUCACCAAUAUGAUCAUUGUCACUACCUUCAUCACCGAUAUUAUCACCAGUAUCAUCAUUAUCAGGCUCACGAUAUCCUCCUCAUCAGCUAGCAUUUGUAUGUUUUAGGUUUCCGUAUGGAGGGGAACAGUUUUAAAAGUUUUCUUAAAAAAGCUUUAGCAAAUGGUGAACUGGCACCCUUGAGGCUAUUCAAAAAGGUAUAUGAUUUUUAUACUCAGGCGAAUAUGAAUCUGGACGUUGCUCUGUCUCUAGUAUAAAUCGGAGUGAUAUUUUCUUUCACAGGUACCGAAUACUCCAAAAGUGAACUUAUUUUGUCCCACUUUCAAACUCGAAGCAGUUGAUCUCAAAAAUCCCGCCCUGGUCUGUGUUGGCACAGUACUUGAUGUAAUCGGAGAUGAUGUGAUCAUAGCAUUUGACGGAUGGAAGGACACUGCGUAUAAAUAUCCUUUCUACUCGAGAGAUAUUUUCCCACCAGGCUGGUGUUACUUCAGUGGACAUCCUCUUCAAGCUCCUGGACCAGAAUAUGCAAAAUUUAAGUAAGAAGGAACUUCUUGUAAAGGCCCCACAGGAUAAGAUGUCAUUCUGGCGUAUGAAAAUGCGUUCAUAUAUCCGAUUAACCAAUUAGGACCAGUGAGAAGUAUUGGUAGUGGAAGUCAACCUGAACCUCUCCAAUUAAUGAAUUGGGUGCUUCGUUGGUGCUGUCCCAUGGCAACCGUGUUAGAAAAAUAGACUAAAAAUUACUACCAAAAUUGUUAAUGUCUUUGUCGUUUACUGAUUCCAGGGCUUCGUUCUCACAGAAGGAGAAAUCAUUCCAUCCUCUCGAUGAUGACGAGCCAACAGCCUCGCUUCAAUCAAGACAAAGGACUCUUCGUGUAAUUCCUGCUGUGGAAAGUGCUGAUUCAGCAUCGGGUGAAUCUCCCAUUGAUCUUCCAUUCAGUAUUCCUGUACCUGGUAUGUGAGAAAACCUCAGAAUCAUACCUUAUACAGGACUGCAAAUUACUGUCGGACAUCGGACAAUGUCCGACUAAAUUUGGCAAAUGUCCGAGCAAAAGUAAUUUUGAUCGGACAUUGGUCCGAUCACACAAAAAAAUUGUCACAUUAUACAUUUUUUUGCUGUGACAAACUCCGAUUGUAAAUUCACUCAAUUUGCAUUUUGCAAUAAAAUUUACGAGGCAUUCUAGCAUUUUACUUAACGUUUCGCCGGAAUGGCUAUACAUACUUGUCUCGUGACUUAUAUAUAUCUUGUGACAUACUGUAUAUAUGUCCGACCAAAUUUAGUGAUGUUGGUUUUUGUCUGACCAAAUUCAAGUUAUGUCCGACCAAAAUUAAAAGUGAUCGGACAAAUGUCCUGUCAAGUCAAAUAUUUAUUUGCAGCCCUGUUUAUAUGAACUAUAGUAGGAAGCCUGAAGUUACUUAAUAUGUUUAUACUUGGUACCUCUGUCUUUUCUAAGCUAUAAGGCGUGAGGGUAUCUGUACUACAGGAGAAACACGGUAGUAAUGCUGUGCUGAGUGGUUAUAUUACUACCUUAUUUUAACCCUAACCCCUUUAAAAGCUUAGAAAAUUGCUUAGUGACUGAUGAAACGAAAAUGAGAGUUGAUGAUCACAAUUGAUCUAGAUUUGACAAGCGAGAGUUUGCAUGAGAGUUUUCCCAAACGAGAACAAGAGAGUUUGCAUGAGAGUUUUCUCAAACGAGAACGAGAGUUUGCAAUUGCAUGAGAGUUUCCUCAAACGAGAACGAGAGUUUGAAAUUGCAUGAGUGUUUCCUCAAACGAGAACAAGAGUUUGCAUGAGAGUUUUCUCAAACGAGAACAAGAGUUUGCAUGAGAGUUUUCUCAAACGAGAACGAGAGUUUGCAAUUGCAUGAGAGUUUUCUCAAACGAGAACGAGAGUUUGCAAUUGCAUGAGAGUUUCCUCAAACGAGAACAAGAGUUUGCAUGAGAGUUUUCUCAAACGAGAACAAGAGUUUGCAUGAGAAUUUUCUCAAACGAGAACAAGAGUUUGCAUGAGAGUUUUCUCAAACGAGAACAAGAGUUUGCAUGAGAGUUUUCUCAAACGAGAACAAGAGUUUGCAUGAGAGUUUUCUCAAACGAGAACAAGAGUUUGCAAUUGCAUGAGAGUUUCCUCAAACGAGAACGAGAGUUUGCAUGAGAUUGAUGAGAGUUUAUAUUACUGGUCAAACGACUUUUAUCAAUUCUAAUAAAAAAAUUGAACCAAUUCAACGUUGGUGAGGAUUGAUGAGUGGUCUCGUCAACUUUCAUCUUCAUUUGACCGAGGCUUUAAUUAGCUCAGUCAUGUUAACAAGGCAUUAAUUUCAACGUCUCAUAAUUAUACAAGACUAACAUGUUUAGCCAAGUCAAGGUUUUCUUACUUUGAACACUUUCUUUUUUCUAGUCGAGUUGUAUGUGAACUUUAGCUGUGAGUUUGGUUCAUAUCUUGAUCCUUCCAAGGUUUCUGAGCUCCGACCAGCUUAUAGAGGCAAUGUGCGCGAAGUACUUCAGACUAGUAUCCAGGCCAUUGUAAACGCCGCCUACAAUCCUAGCAUUGUCAUUGGUUUUCUACGGCCUGGGAGGGGAAAGGUGAGAAGGAUUUUCGACCUGGGGUCGGUUGUUCAUUGUUCAAAGCUGGAUUAGCGCUAACCCUGGGUUAAAAUUAAACCUGCUGUUUUAGUUUGUGUAUUUCUGCACGUCUGUUUAAUUCAAAACUUCAGAGAAGAAAACUCCUACUGAUCCAGACAAGAUUUCGGAAGAAAUAUUUUCAAAUUUAUAAGCAAGCUGUUGGGAAGUUAGCUUUGAAUUUUAGAUUAACCUAGGGUUAAGCUAACCCAGCCCUCGAACAACCAACCCCUGUUCUUUUGCUAAAAUUGACUGUAUAUAUAAAGUGUACGAAAUAUUUGAUGCUUUGGAGAACACACUUAAGGAUGGUUUACACUAUCAAAGUUUCUGUGAUCACAGUAGGAAUUUUGCAUCGAUAAAUAAAGUAAGAAAUGUUUGAGAGAACUGACUCGGUAUUUAACACUAAGUCAGCUUCCACAAACAUUUCUUACAAAUCCUUCAAAACUUAGAAUUUACCCAUGCAAAAUUCCUACUGUGAUCACAGAAACUUUGAUAGUGUAAACAAGGCUUUACUAAGUUGAAUAUAUUAUAUCGUUCGCAGAUUGUGAUCAAAGCAAAGCAUGGUCAAGAUACAUACACAUGUUGUCUGCAAAGUGUUGACCAUAUUUGGGUAUUCUGGAACGUAUUUGGACGUUUUACUGACAACCUACGUUGUUGCAAGAAUUUGUUUUCAUCAGAGAAGCUGCAAGGUGUAUGUCCAAAAUGCAAUGACCAAGGUAUGGAGUAUGUCGUAUGGUCGUCAGGGUUCGUACAAAACUUGAAAAUCCUUGAAUGUCCUUGAAUUUGGAAGCAAAAAUUCAAGGACUUGGAAGUCCUUGAGUUCAUAAAGAAGUGCUUGAAAGUCCUUAAAUUGUUCUUGUUUGGUAGAUAUUUUCUGAAAUUGUUUGGCAUUAAGAAUUGGACAUUUUGUAAAUUGAUUUUGUUCAUGUCUUACCAAUGCCAAAGCUUAGUUGAAAUUCAUUAAAAACGUCACUUUUUACUGGUUUAUAACUUUAUAACACCUUCUCUUUAGUCCUCGAAUUUCCUGAUACGUGGCCUUGUCCCUUGAAAGUCCUUGAAUUCAACUCUUCGUGACCUGUACUUUCAAUUAUGAUUGAUCAAUUUGUAUUCAGGUAGAAAAAGAGUGAUGGAAGAGAGGCGCUUAGCCGAACAAGAAAGAAGAAGGAACGAACUGAGAAUGGAAGAACUUAGAAAUGAAGAAUUAAAAAUGGAAGAAUUAAGAAAUCAAGAAUUGAGAAAUCAAGAAUUAAGAAAUCAAGAAUUAAGACGAAAAGAACAAGAAAGGGAAGAACCAGUGACGAAAAUUAGAAGAAUUGUAAAUGAAGAAGCGCAAGGAGGUCUAACUAACUUUUUUUAUAUUGGAUAGUUUUAUCUGUUCUAAAAAUUGAUCUCGCAAGCCAAGCUCUAUCCUUCCCUCACCAAACACGCAGGAAACUGUUCUUCCGCAUUAUUUUCCCUUGUCUUACGGAGAGAAACUUAUGCUACCCAGAGAAAGCUUGCUGUGUUUGGUCAAGUCUUCUCACAUGUAGCCUGCUCGCAGCCUCCCCUUUCUAAAUUCCAGGCUGCGAGCAGGCUGCAUGUGACUGAAGUGAAAUUGUAAAGGCUGAUUCACACUUUUCAAGUUUCUCUGAUCACAGAUGAAGUUCUGAAAGAUUUGUAAGAAAUCUUUGAGGGAAUGAACUCAUUGUAAAACAGUCAGUGCCCUCAAACAUUUCUUACAAAUCCUUCAAAACUUAGAAUUUACCUAUGCAAAAUUCCUACUGUGAUCACAGAAACUAAACCAGGCUUAAGUAAACACUAAACAACCGCAUAUUACAGAAAUCCCAGUUGGAGACUGAGGUGAAACCACAGUGCACUAACACUACACUUAUUAUAAUAGUUUCAGAUGUUGGAUCCACCUCAUCUCCUCUCACAUGGAGUAUUGACGAAGUUGUCGAGUAUUUCAAAAAAUCAGACAUUUCAAAAUACGCUGAACUAUUUAGACAACACGUACGUAUUGUUUUAUACUAUCGCACUCCAAUGCAACACCCAAUUCAUUCACAUAUAAAAUUUAAUUGCUUGGUUACCUUUGUUCCAUUCUGUGGUUGCAUUCUCAGAACAGUGGUAACUAGGCAUGUGAGUCAUCAAUUAACUCGCGUAUUUAUUUUAAAUGCUUGGUUACCUUUGUUCCAUUCUAUACUUACAUUAUCAGAAAUGCGAGUUGGAACUGUUUUCUAAUGUUUUUGGUGGUGUUUGUUGUCUUUGUUGUAAUAUAUAAUAUCCAUAAUUGAAUUAUUUGAAUCUGUAAUUUCUCUGACUUCUAGCUUAAAUUUACAUUGAUUUGUAGGAAAUUGAUGGUGGAGCAUUGUUGUUAUUGAACCGCGAGACUAUUAUGUCGUGUAUGCAAUUCAAAUUGGGACCUGCAUUAAAAUUGCUCAAUCAUAUAUCGGAAUUGAAGACAAAGUUUAGUUUAUGA